GGGUUAACUUGACCGGACGAUGCUUUUGACUAGAAAAUCUCAAUACUCCAAGAAAAACCGCUAAAAUAUUACCACCAUUUAAUAAAUUUCCCAAGGCCCAAUUUUUUCUCUUAAUUUUGGUACGCACUUGCUGCCACAUCCCAACUCCAUUUAAAAGCCCCUCAAUCCCCCAUGCCAUUUUGCACCUCCUCCCCGGCCGCCUGCUCGCACUCUCAAACUUCUUGUUUUCAUCCUCGAUCCAAUCAAACGCUGAUAUGGGUAGCCUUGAUUGCUCCGCCGACACCUCCUCCGAAUUCAAGCCCUUAGACCCCGAAGAUUUCCGAAACCAAGCCCACAAAGUGGUCGACUUCAUAGCCGAUUAUUACAAACAAGUUGAAACCUACCCUGUUCUCACCCAGGUCCAGCCUGACUAUCUCCGCGCCCGCCUCCCCCAAACUGCACCAUACCUUCCGGAACCGCUGGAGACCAUUCUCUCCGACGUAACCAAGGACAUCAUCCCCGGCAUGACCCAUUGGCUUAGCCCAAACUUCUUUGGGUUCUUUCCGGCCACGGUUAGCACCGCUGCUUUCCUAGGAGAAAUGUUGUGCACUUCGUUCAAUGCGGUUAGUUUCAACUGGCUUGCCUCUCCCGCAGCCACGGAGCUGGAAAUGAUAGUUACGGACUGGUUGGCUAACAUGCUCAAACUCCCUAACACUUUCAUGUUCUCCGGUACCGGUGGUGGUGUCAUUCAAAACACCUCGAGUGACGCGAUUCUUGUCACUCUUAUUGCUGCCAGAGACCGCAUGCUACGUACGCGUGGGAGCACUGCGACCAUCCAAAAGCUCGCGGUAUAUUGCUCUGAUCAGACUCAUUCCACCUUCGCCAAAGCUGCCAAAUUGGCUGGAAUAUCUCCAUGCAACGUCAAGGCCAUCCCCACAAACCUUGACACAGCGUUUGCUUUAUCCGCUUCAGCCCUACGCUUGGCUGUGGAGGCUGACGUGGCAUCCGGGUUAGUCCCACUUUAUCUUUGUGCUACUGUGGGGACAACUUCAACCACAGCCAUCGAUCCUCUCCCGCCGCUCUCAGACUUGGCGAGUGAGUUUGGCAUGUGGAUGCAUGUGGACGCUGCGUAUGGCGGUAGUGCAUGCAUUUGUCCCGAGUUCAGGCACUACUUGGAAGGGAUCGAACGAGUUGACUCACUGAGUCUUAGCCCCCAUAAAUGGCUGCUCACUUACUUGGACUGUUGUUGCCUUUGGGUGACGCACCCAAACCUAUUGGUGCAAGCCCUGAGCACCGAUCCGGAGUACUUGAAGAACAAACCCAGUGAAUCCAAGUCGGUAGUGGAUUAUAAGGAUUGGCAAGUGGGUACGGGUCGAAAAUUCAAGUCGUUACGGCUAUGGUUCGUGCUGCGAAGCUAUGGCGUCGUGAGUCUCCAGAGCCACAUCCGGUCCGACAUCCGGAUGGCCAAGACGUUCGAGGGGCUCGUGAAGUCGGACCCACGUUUCGAAGUCGUCGUGCCGAGGAACUUUGCGCUGGUGUGCUUCCGUUUGAACCCAUUUUCAGGGGAAGACCCUGAGCGUACGGAGGCGUUGAACCGGAAGCUACUCGAUUGGGUGAACUCGACCGGGCGAGUUUACAUGACUCACACGAAGGUCGGGGGGAUCUAUAUUCUGAGGUUUGCAGUGGGGGCGACGCUCACGGAAGAACACCACGUGGCCGCCGCCUGGAAGUUAAUCAAGGAAGGGGCAUAUGCUGUUCUAAAUGGUGUUUGAAGUCUGACGUGAUGCGACUUGUCUUUACAAGUUGGAUUGUUUGCCGGAGGGUGGACAAAGUCAAAACACGUAACCCAGUCAAGCAGUCUUUGAAUUAUCUGAGAGGCGAGAAAACAAAAUAAAAGUGUUGGGCACUUUUUAUACCAUCUUGCAAGUAUUGUGGGACAGAAAUGCUAUUCUCACGUAUAGUUGGUACCGUUUGAAAUUUGAGAACUGCUAGAUACAAGCAGUUAGCGUACCAAA